GCAUGAUCUUACAGGUUGUUCUCUCUUUCUCUCUCUCUCACAGUCUGCGAUUGUGGCUUUUGAGGUUCCUACAUUUCUUAGAAUGGGAGAAGUUCCGGAUUUGUUCUCAUUGUGUAUGGAAGCAGCUACAAAAGAAAUAAUUCAUGGAGAUCAUCUUCUGCAGAACAUAUCGGAACUUCCACAAGACUUGUUUGACUGCUUACUGAUGCGCUUACCACCAUUGGCAUUGCAUAAGUUGCAAGAGAUGCCAUUUAAACACUCCAGUGGCUAUAACAAUAUAAAUGGUAUCAGUAGUGAUGGGAGAAAACGUGGAAGAUAUGGUGACUUUGACGCAGCAUGGAAAAUGUUAUUCAAAUCACGGUGGCCUGAGGGCGUGAGGCAGAUCCAACCUGUUGACUUGUUGAGAAAAGAAGGCAUAGGAAACUUUGAACCAAUGAACAGUACUGGCGAUUGGCGACAGACGUACUGGGAAGCACAUCUUCAAAAUUGCCUAGAAAAUGCAGCAGAGAUUGCAUUCCUCCCAUCUUUUGAUGGACCUAUUGGUGAAAUUACCAUUCCAGAAACUGUUUUGAAGUGUAUUGGUUAUGAGGCUUGUAAUGAUUAUACAGCUUCUGCCCAGUCAAAAUUAUCUUACCAUUGCCAACAAUUUGGGCAUUUUGCCAGAAGCCUGAGACUUCAAAAUGUGCUAUGCAUUGCAGAAACAUGCCAGGAGUUAUUAAGGGGAAGCAAGCUGCAAAGCAUGGUUUUGCGGGGGAUUAAAUCUGAAGAACACGUGAAUGGAGCAUGCAAGCUUUUAAACCAGAACAAAGAGACAUUGUCAUUCCUUGAAUUUGUUCAUUGCAAGCUCUCUUCAAUUGCUUUGGGUGCAAUUUGUGCUUCAGUAUACAGAAAGGAUAUUGAGACACAUGGGAUUCAGUACUUCUCAAUUAUAGCAUCAAGCAUUCUUGAAAACAGCUCAGUUUCCAUUCCUUCUGGAUUUUCAUCUUUUCUCUCAUCGGGAAGGACUUUACGUUUGGUAAACUUUUCUGACAAUCGCCUGGGGCCAAAUUUUGCAAAAAUGGUUUUUGAUACCCUCCUUGAUGCUUCAUCAAAUCUGUCUGUCCUUGAUCUAUCAGACAAUAAUAUUGCAGGCUGGCUAUCCAAGACUAACUGGAGAUUCUCAACUUGCUCCUUAGCGUCCUUAGGAAUAGGGAAAUCCUUCCAGUCGUUACGUGUUCUGAAUCUUAGGGGAAACAAUUUGCGUAGGGAUGAUGCAGAUUGCCUAAAAGAUGCACUGAUCCAUAUGCCUAACUUGGAAAGUUUGGAUAUAAGUGACAAUCCUCUUGAGGAUCUUGGGAUUAGGAGUCUUAUCCACUAUUUUGUUGAGGCUACUGAAAGAGAGACACCCUUAGUUGAUUUGGAGAUGGAGAAUUGCGACCUCUCCAGCGAUGGAGUGGCUGAAGUUCUAACAAGCCUUGCAACCUUGAAGAAUCUAUUUAACACUCUUUCUGUUGCAAAUAACGACCUGGGCAGUCAAGUAGUACCAGCCCUGGUUAAGUUUCUGGGCACAUCCUAUGUAAGAGUGCUCAAUAUUGAAGAUAUUGGACUGGGUCCUUCUGGCUUCCUAGAGCUACAAGAAAAUUUUCCAGAGGAAGUAAAACUUGUUCACCUCAACAUAAGCAAGAAUCGUGGUGGAAUCGAAACUGCCAAUUUCAUCUCAAAACUCAUCUUACGGGCUCCAGAACUCAUUGCAGUCAAUGCAGGGUAUAAUUUUAUGCCCGUUGAAUCAUUAGCAGUUAUGUACUCUGCCUUGAAAGUUUCAAAAGGUAAACUAGAGCGUCUGGACUUGACGGGAAAUACUCGGUGCCAUGAGCCAGCUUACAUUUCUCUGCUUGAAGAGUUCCAAGUUCAUGGAAGGCCUAUUGUGAUUUUACCAUCAUUGCAUGCUUCUGUGGCACCUUAUGAUGAUGAUCCAUGAGGACAUGGCCGUCCAAUAUUUAUUUGAGUUUUCCAUCCUAAGGGAGUGUUACCUCAAAAGGUUCUGGUGGGCUUGUGGCACCAAGAAUCCAGCUAGCAGACUACAACCAUAGUGGUGCUCUCAGCCACCUGGAGGUUUAAUUGAAUCUAUAUUGAAGAACCCAGC